AUUGGCGUCAGAACUCAAGGAACUUGUUCUUUGGCAGCCCACGUGCUUGCUCAUACUAUGUGAUUAGAUGUGUGAGUUCCUCGGGGCAACCUUACUGUUUUUUCUUGACCUUAACAAAGUCGGUGAUACAUAUUAGGCUCUCAAUCAGAGUCCUCUUUGGUGGAGUCCACAGGCGGAGAGGAAGCACGGGAUUCAUAAGAUGGCGGGCGGGAGAAUAUAUAAAAAAUUGGAGACCGAGAUAUUUCCUUUUGAAGACAGAUGGCUCAUUCAUAGGAUAUAAAGAAAAACCUCAAGAUGUGGAUUUACCUUAUCCCCUCAACAACUUUUCAGUGGCAAAGUGCCAGUUAAUGAAAACAGAACGACCAAAGCCAAACACUUUUAUUAUCAGAUGUCUCCAAUGGACCACUGUUAUAGAGAGAACAUUUCAUGUAGAUACUCCAGAGGAAAGAGAAGAAUGGACAGAAGCUAUCCAGGCUGUAGCAGACAGACUGCAGAGGCAAGAAGAGGAGAGAAUGAAUUGUAGUCCAACUUCACAAAUUGAUAAUAUAGGGGAGGAAGAGAUGGAUGCUUCUACAACCCAUCAUAAAAGAAAGACAAUGAAUGAUUUUGACUAUUUGAAACUACUAGGCAAAGGCACUUUUGGGAAAGUUAUUUUGGUUCGAGAGAAAGCAAGUGGGAAGUACUAUGCUAUGAAGAUUCUGAAGAAAGAAGUCAUUAUUGCAAAGGAUGAAGUGGCACACACUCUAACUGAAAGCAGAGUAUUAAAGAACACUAGACAUCCUUUUUUAACAUCCUUGAAAUAUUCCUUCCAGACAAAAGACCGUUUGUGUUUUGUGAUGGAAUAUGUUAAUGGGGGAGAGCUGUUUUUCCAUUUGUCGAGAGAGCGGGUGUUCUCUGAGGACCGCACACGUUUCUAUGGUGCAGAGAUUGUCUCAGCCUUGGACUAUCUACACUCCGGAAAGAUUGUGUACCGUGAUCUCAAGUUGGAGAAUUUGAUGCUGGAUAAAGAUGGCCACAUAAAAAUAACAGAUUUUGGACUUUGCAAAGAAGGGAUCACAGAUGCAGCCACUAUGAAGACGUUCUGUGGUACACCUGAGUACCUGGCACCAGAGGUGUUAGAAGAUAACGACUAUGGCCGAGCAGUAGACUGGUGGGGCCUAGGGGUUGUCAUGUACGAAAUGAUGUGUGGGAGGUUACCUUUCUACAACCAGGACCAUGAGAAACUUUUUGAACUAAUACUAAUGGAGGACAUUAAAUUUCCUAGAACACUGUCUUCAGAUGCAAAAUCAUUGCUUUCAGGGCUCUUGAUAAAGGAUCCAAAUAAACGACUUGGUGGAGGACCUGAUGAUGCAAAAGAGAUUAUGAGACACAGUUUCUUUUCUGGAGUAAACUGGCAGGAUGUUUAUGAUAAAAAGCUUGUACCUCCUUUUAAGCCUCAAGUAACAUCUGAGACAGAUACCAGAUAUUUUGAUGAAGAAUUCACAGCUCAGACUAUUACAAUAACACCACCUGAAAAAUAUGAUGAGGAUGGUAUGGACUGCAUGGACAAUGAGAGGCGGCCACAUUUCCCUCAAUUUUCCUACUCGGUCAGCAAUCAGAUUGUGGCAUGCUGGGUAACUGGAAAAAAUGAUAAUAAAAAGUAGCAGUUACCUUUGUGGGUGCUCCUAAGGAAGACGGGCGAGGGCCCCAGGGCCCAGGAAUGACACUGCACACUAAGUGACCACCUCUUCGUCCCAAUGACUGACCCACACCAGCCGUCCCUCCAGGCGCCCUGCCUCAGCCUGACCCUGGCCUGGCUCAUGAGCUGUCUCCUUUCUGGAGCCCCCUCCUGACUGCCGGUCCCAGUCGGGCCUGUCCUCCCGGCAUCGUCACCUGCCUCUCUGCUUCCAUGCCUGUUUGCAGCGCUGUUACCCGAGUCCUUCAGUGCAAUGAGAUAAUGUCGAUGAUCCUGAAUAUAAUCCCAUAUGGCUGCUGGAUGCAUGCACAAGUUUAA